UUACUCUUUCCGGUUUUGCGUUUGUUUUGGCAGUAUGGCGGAAGAGAACUCGGCCGUGUGGCAAGAAAUUGAAAAAGCUGAAAAAGAAAGCAGACGAGAGUUGGUUCUUCAAGGCGUUGCAGUGGAUGAGAAAAUAAAAACAAGCUCUGGAAUUCAUCCAAGACUUUAUUCACUGAACCUCCUCAACUACCUAGAAAUCAGUCAGUGUCCGAGUCUGUAUGAGAUCCAUGAAAACAUUAAGAACCUGUCUCACCUGCAGAGCCUCAUCCUCUGCAGGAACAAGAUCUCAUCAGUACCUAAAAGUAUCGGAGAGCUAAAAUCGCUGAAAGUCUUGGACUUGUCAGUAAACGAGCUGCAGGUUUUACCUGAGGAGAUCUGUUCACUAAGUGAGCUCACCACGCUGAAUGUGAGCUGUAACAACAUCGCUGCUCUUCCGGACGGGUUAAGCCGGUGCACCAAGCUGUCUAGCGUCAACGUGGGGAAAAACGCGCUGGUUUGUCUUCCUGAAGGCCUUUACUCCUCCAAACUGGAGUUGCUCAAUACUGUCAUAGCGUCAGAAAACAACAUCGAGCAAUUAAGCAAUGACAUCAACAACCUAUCGUCGCUUAAGGUGUUGGACCUUUCCAACAACAAGCUUACUGAAAUCCCCUUCGAGCUGGCUGACUGCCCCAAGCUGAAGGACAUCAACUUCAAGGGAAACAAGCUGAAGGACAAGCGGCUGGAGAAGAUGGUGAAUGGCUGCCAGACGAAGUCGGUGCUGGAAUACCUGAGAGUGGGGGGACGAGGGAAAGGAAAGGGCAAGCAGCUUGAUGCAGAUGGUGCUGAGCAGAGUGACCGGAAUCGUAACGUCUCCAAAAAGAAGAAUGCUGCUAAACAGAGGGAUAAAAAGGGGGAAGUGGAUGCAGUGGAUGAGUUGCAGAAAAUGGUUGUUAAAAUCCUUCAUGUAUCUGAUUCCUCCUCUGCCAUAAUGGUUAAAGUCUCCCCUCAGGUGAAGGAUGUGCGUCCAUACAUCGUUUGCUGCAUAGUCAGAGGCAUGAAUCUGAAAGCAGGGAAUGCGCUGAAGAGGUUCUUGGUAGCUCAGACCAAACUUCAUGAUGACAUUUGUGGCAAGAGGACAACAGCUACUAUUGCAACUCAUGACCUGAGCUCACUGAAAGGCCCUCUACAGUAUGAUGCCAGACCUCCUGAUGUUCUGAGGAUAGUUCCUUUGGGUCGUAAGGAGAUGAAGGCUGGUGACCUGCUGAAGAUGCUCCAGCAAGAAGCAGAUGAACAGAGGAAACAGAGAAAACGUCAAAAUGUGUCAGGUCUUCACAAGUACCUCCAACUGUUGGAUGGAAAAGAUCAUUACCCUUGCCUGGUUGAUGCUGAUGGUCAUGUGAUCUCAUUUCCUCCAAUCACAAACAGUGACAGGACAAAGAUUAAAAAGUCAACCAGUGAGCUUUUCCUAGAGGUCACAAGCUCUACAAGUUUACAAACCUGUAAGGAUGUCAUGGACCUGCUCAUUAUAAAAAUGGCAGAGCUGAAUAAGUUUACCUUUGACAAUAGAGAGGAGCCCUGUUCAGAUGACGAGACAGGCUCCGCCUCUAACCCAGCGACAGACUGCUCGACCUCAGCUGAAUUGACUGUGGUGCAGGUGAAGGUGGUGGAUGAGGAGGGCAAUCUGAAGGUCUUGUAUCCAUCCAAAACUGACCUGACCUCUGAUGUCAGCCAUUUGUACAUUAUCCGGCAACCAGCUUCAACAGAGAAGCCAUGAAAGCUGUGUUAAACUAUUAGCUGUAUAAAAAAAGACCAGCAUCCAUAGAUAUACUGUAAAUUGUCAGUUACUUUCGUACUUAGUUGUUAAGCAGUAGUUAUUGUCUGGUGUAUCUGCAUGGUUUCUGAGUGGGGGAAAAUUCCACUCACCGGUAUUAAAAACAAAGCUCCAUUUUAUGAUUUGUUGCUUAGUAACAAAAUUCCAAUGGCACAUAUUCUGCAAAAAGGAAAAAAUUGUAUAUUUUCACCAUGAGAGCAGCACAGUACUGCUGGCUCAUAGCUUCAGUUUCCCGUAUUUGAUCCGGUGCUCAGAUUACUGCCUGUAUGUAGAGUGACUGAGCAGGUUCUCUCGUAUUCACCCACUUCCUAAGAAUCAUGCUUGGCUAAGAGAAACAAAAUGUGUGGGCAUUGUGCUCUGUAAGCUGAUGUCACUUGCUCCUGGGACAGGAUCCAGGCUCCUUGCAACAUAAAGCAUUUACUGCAAGUGUGUGAGUUUUGUGUAAGUCUCCCUGUCUCCAGAUAUGAUUUAAAGAAGGACAUGAGACUUGGUUAAACAGUUGCACUAAAACUUUACCUUUUAUAAGGUAUUGUAGUUUUCUGUUUACAAAAUUUGUUUUUUUACUAAUUUGUACUUAAUUUCUUUUUUAAAUGGUUUAUCCAAUGCAUUUCACCCUUUUCAUUACAAAUAGAAUCAAGUAACAGCUACAAGUAUGAAAAAAUAUUAAGUACCUAUCACUUAAUAAAUUGACUUAAAAUCCA